AAGCAUAAAUUGGACAGCUCACAGUGACAGCAAAUUGCUUAUCUUGUUUUGUUUUUCUUUUCCUCCUUGCUUUCCCCUUCAAUAGCAAUGGCCUCUGCAACAGAAGCCAUUAAUAAAUUGUUGUUCAUAUUCCUCUUUCUUCAACAAUAUUCCUUAUUAAUAAUGGCGGAUGAUUCAGUUUCAGUUCCAGUUCCAGCUGAUUGGCCGCAACAGUUCCACUCGGUUCUGUUCAUAAACCGAAGCGGCGAUCUCCAGAAAACGGACUUGUGGUACGACUGGCCCAACGGUCGCAACUUCAACAUCAUUCAACACCAGUUGGGUGUGCUCAAAUACGACCUCGAAUGGGACAAUGGAACCUCCUUUUACUACACCCUCGAACCCUUCGACAAAACCUGCAAAAUCGUCCAUUUCGAGGUUGGCAUUCUCCGCCCCAACUGGCUCCACGGCGCCAACUACCUCGGUCAGGAGCAUGUCGACAACUUCCUCUGCAAUGUUUGGGAGAAAGUUGACUUCAUUUCUUACUACGAGGAUGUCCUCACUCGAAGACCCGUCAAGUGGAUCUUCUCCUCCUCCGGGAUGGUUGCUCAUGUGAUGACAUUUGAGGUUGGUGCGGUGCUUGAGGAUAAACACUGGCAGGCUCCUGUCUACUGUUUUGGUGACGCUGAGACACAGAACAAAACAAGUACCUCCCUCUUACAUUCACAAGAUGCUUUUCCUGGUGGUUCUUCUCAUGGGAUUUUAAUGAGAUAGAUACCUCAUUCUGCAUAUGCUAAGUAAUUCUCAGAAUGGAGUGUUCACUUUAUGAUUUACCAUAUAUAUAAUAUCUUGAAAUGAUUAAGAACAUCUUAAAUUAUUUUUUAGAUUAACUUUUAUA